UAACAGCAGGAUUUCAUGGACUAUGUACUGUCUUUGCUUGAGGAAAGUGUUUGCAUCAGCAGACAGCUGUGGGUGAACUUUGUCCUCCAUCCAGACAGAAAAACAACAGGCUGGGUAUAAAAGGGGGGAGCGGAGGAGGAAGAUUCUUGUUUUUGUUCAAGGACUUGAAUCGAAGCAGAGCUCAACAGAGGGAGAGAGACGUUUUAUCCAAAGGACUGGGGCAGAGGAGAGGUGCCACAGCGAUGUGGGUGCGCCUCAACCUGCUCCUCACUCUCUGCCUGCUCCAUGGGGGCGGUGCAGAGAGUGAUGGGGGCGGGCCUCUCUGUCAGCUGCCUCCCUCCUGGACCGUGGGGGAGGUGGAGCCCAUGGCGGGGUCAAUGGGCAAAAUGACAGUGGUGGCCCUUCUAGAUGCUAGCUGACUGUUGUGCCUGGUGCAGGCUUCCAGAUUGGCUGCCCUGCGCCAGAAGCUGGAGGAUCAAGGUCUGAAGGAUGUGGUCUACAUGGCCAUCAACCACCAGGGGGAGCAGGCACAGCGGCUCAACCCCUUGUUGGCACACAGACUCACAGAGAGCAUCACACUCUACAAACAGCACGUGCAUCAGGCUGAUGUUUGGCAGACACUGAACGGAAAAAAGGACGACUUCUUCAUCUACGACCGGUGCGGCCGUCUCACCCACCACAUGUCCCUUCCAUACACCUUCAUUGGGCACGGCCACGUCGAGAGUGCAAUCAAGAAAACCUACUGCAAUCGCAUAUGUGGAGAGUGCUCCCACGAGAGCAAUGAGACAGCAGCAGAGUGCACAACGAUGGACGCUGCACAGCCUGAGGCUGGGGACCACACCGGACACGCGCAGAAUCAUCACCAUGGCCGCCAUGCUCAUCAUGGUCAUCAUGGUCAUGGCCAUCAUGGGGACAACCAUGAUUCUGGCCAUGGCCAUGAUCAAAACCAUGAUCAUCGCCAUGGGAACCACCAUGGCACCGAUCAUGGACAGCGUCAUCAAGGUGUCAGAUCACAGGAACAAGAUCAGCACGCUCCGUUAGAACGUCACAGCAUGCAGCACCCUGUGCUCACACAGCAGAUGUUUCCGGAGGUCCACGCGGCCCCAGUUAGACCCUGAGGGACACAGAAGGCCAAAUGAAAAGCAAAGUACAGCUGACAGUGGACGGCAGCCUCUGAGAACGAAGCCGCUCCUGAGGCCAGCUGAUGCUGACACUGACGCAGGCUGUCGUUUGGCGAUGCAGGUAGCGAGCAUCAGCAGGGCCUGUGACACUGUGACGAGGCGUUGCCCGCCUCUUGACAGUGACACAGCCUGAUGAGCGAGGCAGCCGGUAACGUCAAGGAGACCUGACAGUGACGCUCGCCUCCUGCUGACUGACAGCAGCCCGAGCCAGCCCGGUGAGCCUGACCUUCUGGUGUGGGAAGCUGAGCAUGAGAGCAGCUGUAAGCUGGUCCUGAUGCCAGCCGCCACCACCCAGGCCGAGCGCUGGAGAUAGAGGGAGGGCCGUCUUCACAGAACAAGCAGGCGGGGUCCAAAGAGAAACAGAUACUUUAUUACUCAUAAAUUGGAUUUACCUUUUAGGGAAAAAAAAACACCCUAGUUUUGACAUCUCUGCGUCUGUGCUGCGUUCCUCCUGUCUUAGGUGUACUCGCGGUCGUCGUGUUCAUAAACGACCUCCUUCGUUUUGCUCUCGCCAUCCUUUAUGAAACCAGACGCAUAAACUAUGCUCUAGUGGCGUCUGUAUGAUGUUAGGCUGAAGGGAGAGAAGAGGGUCCUUCAAGAAGACGGUGAACCUUGAAAACAUUAAAGAAUUCAAAAGAUGCAAAAAAUAAAUAAAUAAAACGAAGCAUCUGGUUAGUUGGGGAGGGUGUGGGACAUCGUUAGCAGCUUUCUUUCUUUUAUUUUCAUCUGGAAAACACAUUUUAGGAAAUCUGACUUUUAUAUUUAGGAAAAGGUUUUGAUCAAGAUUAAAAACACUCACCUGAUUUUAUACAGAUGAAUAAACUUUAACACGUCUCAGGUUUCUGUUCCACACACACACUGUUUCAUACAAGAUGUGCCUUUAAUGAAGCGUAGAGACUGCCAACCUGACACACUUAUUCAAAGCUAGUUUAAAAUGAGAGUUUUUAAGGGUGGAAUAUUUUCUGUACCUUAUGACGGUUUCUGUGGGAAGACAACGGUCACCCUGAAAUCCUGAUGUCAGCACAGAGAACAUUAAGUGUGUUGGUGUUUGAUUGGAGACUUAAUAAAGAUGGUUUAGUACUG